UCGAAACACAAACGGUAGUUGUAAACGUGGCUAAAAUCCAAGAAAAAAUACCUGUACAUAUAGAAAAUAUUGAAUUUUUGCUUAUUGCAAAGUGAAAUUUUCAACAAUUUCCAGUGAAUUUCAUUGAAAGUGCGAAUUUUUGCAACAUUUUGUGUUUGCUUGUAUGAUUUGGCAAGGCUUGAUUUUCUGCUUUUUUGCUAGAAAAAUUUUCUGUUCUACACAAGCACCAACAAUCGCAAAGAAAAGGACAAAAUCCAACCAACCAUAAGCGUAGGGAGUUGGUGGCAAAAAUUCGAAGCGAAAAAUCGAAACAGCGUACCCAGGCCAGCAAAAAAUACCAAAAAACAUACCAGAAAAAAAAACAAAGUAAGAAAGUAUAAAAGCUUAAUAAUUUGCUUGGCCAUCUGCAAGUCAAAGAUACUGCGCUGCUAGGAUAUUUUCUGAAAAGGCUGCAGCUGCUUCAAAUUUAAUUUAUUCUUCUCACCCAGCGGUUGAAGCGAAAAAUAUAUGAAGUGCAUAAAGUAUAAGAAAAAUGUUUGCCAAAAUGUUUGUGAAAUUUAAAACGAAAUGAUAUGAAAUUUAAGUUGCAACGGAUUUUCGCAAUUCGCUUGAAUCUGUUUAUAAAUUAAAAUUUUCAAACCAAAGGACAGCAGUUGCAACAACAGUAGCGCAUAGCUAGCUUAUAACGGUAACAGAAAACCCAAAUGCCCGAAGCUCUGACAUUACCCGGCAUGGCUGAUGCGGAGCCAGAUUUGUCAACGUUCGAGAAUAAGACCGGCUUGGCCGAGGAUAUGAAGUUUCUGGCAUCAAUGCCAGAGUUAUGCGAUGUGACGUUUUUAGUUGGAGAUACGCGCGAACCGGUGUGUGCCGUGAAGGCCGUUUUGGCAUCACGUUCGCGCGUCUUCGCCAAAAUGCUCUACUCGGCGCCAUCGCCGCAACGCAAACGUGAAACAUCCACAAAAGAGAAUAAAUUGCGGCUCUUCCUCAAACGCUCAUCGGAGCCACUGUUGAAUCUACAAAAUGCGGCACAACAGAGGAGUGGUUUUACCCAACAAUUAGCUCCGAUACCCGAGCCGUCUGGACAACAACAUCAGACACUGAUUAUUGAGGAAUUUGAACCGGAUGUUUUCAGACAACUGAUAGAGUACAUUCACACCGGUUGUGUGACACUACAACCUAGGACACUUUUGGGUGUCAUGAACGCAGCUGAUUACUAUGGUUUGGAGGAGUUGCGACGCGCUUGUGCAGGUUUUGUGCAAUGUUGCAUCAAUGUGGACACUGUCUGUGCUCUGCUCGCCUCCGCUGAACGUUACAUCCAGUACAAGUGCACGAAGAGUUUGGUUCAAAAAGUGUUGGAGUUUGUAGACGAGCAUGGCAAUGAGGUUCUCAACCUGGGCAGCUUUACGUUGUUGCCACAGCAUGUUGUGCGGCUAAUUUUAGCACGCGAAGAGUUGCGUGCUGAUGAGUUCACCAAGUUUCAGGCAGCGCUUAUGUGGAGCAAGAAGUAUUUUGAUAAUAAUCAGAACAUUGAUAUGAAAGAAAUAUUGGGUAAUUUUCUGGAUUACAUUCAGUUUCACAAGAUUCCAGCGAGUGUGUUGAUGCGUGAAAUCCAUCCGCUGGGUUUGGUGCCAUACUCGAUCAUCAUGAACGCCUUGGCCUAUCAGGCAGACCCAGAAAGCAUCGACCCCGGAAAGCUGUCUCCCAACUCUAGUCGAUUGAACGGUCCCUCCUCCUCCACCCACCAUUCAUCUAUACAUGGCCGCCAUAAGCACCAAUCAUUACCAAAAAUUCGCAAAGCCAAAUCUCAGAGUUUCCGCACCCGACGCAGUCCAUCUGAACGACGUAGCCCGAAUGCCGCACCAAUAUUUGGUCAACCGGCCAACCUAACCCUGAACACCGCCCAAUUGGCGACCACUGAUAAGAAACUUAGCCCACUUACACCAAAGAGUCCCUUACUACCACAACCUGAAUCCAAGAGUCCUGGCAGUGCUUCGCAGAAAACCCCGACAACAUUAUCUCGUCAGGGCACGCUUCGUGCGUCGAACCGGCGUAAGAACAGCAUGACGGGUUCCUUAGUAUUGACACAAGGGCGCCGCAGUCCAGUGGGUUUCAGUGAUCGCAGCCCACAAGGGCGUCGCAGUCCGUUGUUAAUGUCCAGCGAUCGCCUCAAAUCACCAAAUGAAUUGCCAGUGCAACCCAUGUUUGGUAUGGCACUACAUAGUCCGACAGCUCGUAGUCCUACUGGCGGUGCACGUAGUCCAACGUUCAGCACGCACACACAGGAACGACGUUCACCCAUCGGAGCCGCAGCACCCACAGAGUUUGGUCAACCACGUCGUAGCCCCACUUCAACAGUUCACGUGCAGGGCGCACAUUACGAUGAGGGAGAAAUGGAUGAAAGUGGUGGAAUGGGAUCAAGUGGUAGUAUAAAGCGCCCAUCAAUAAAUCUUUUCACACCCAUCUACUUUAGCGGGGAUAAGCGCAGUCCAAUCACUGUUAUGCCCAUACCACCGAUAACAGUGUCAAACCCGACGGAGAGUGGUAGACUAGCUGAAAAGAUAGCUGAGUCUAAUGCAGCAGCAGAGGCAGCACGCGAGCUGGAGCGACAACGCGAAGAACAUGAAAAACAGGAUGCUGCCAAAGAAGCGACACCAGAAAAGAAAGAGCGCACUAGCGUCAUGAAGGAGAUACUCGCUUUCGUGCGAAAACCAUCAAAGCACAUUUCUACACGUACGAAUCGUUUUGCUAAUGCUUUCACACGUGCCGAGUCGGGCUCUUCAUCAGGACCGCUCAUUAGGCAGAGCACCUUUUCGGCCAGUCCGGCUGCUUCAUCGACGGCGGCCAAGAGUGCGGUGGUGAAGCAAAUGUCCGAAGUUGCAUUCGAACCGAAGAUGUCACUGAAAUUCGCACACUACGCAAAAAUGUCAUUGAAACUACGUCGAUCUGCCAACGACGAUAAGGCGAAGCAAGCAGCUUCUGCCAGCACUUCGAAGCGUGCAAGCGCCGACUCCAACAUCAGCGGAGGCGGUUUGGAUCCACACGAUGCACAGGUAGGUCGCGCCGGUGGCAGUCUCGGCGGUGGUGCCGGCUCCGGACGUGCAUCACCGCUCGGCGAACUGCCAUUCGAGUUGGCGAAUGUGCACUUCGAAAAGGUUGGUGAGUCGUAUAUUAAGCACGAGAAGAUACACGAAGAGGAGUUCGUGGAUGAGACCGGCACCACAACCGACACUAUCGUCACCAGCUUCGUAGAGGAGAUCACAAAUUCGCUUAAGGUAGUCUCGUUGUCAAAUGAGAACGCACAAAUAGCACAUCACUUUCAGCGUCGCUCGGAAAGUCGUGAGCCCAUUGAGCCGCGCAUAAGCGAAGAACGGGAAUCCGAUUCGAAUGAUCUUGUCAUUCCGGAGGAUUUCCGUACUGAGCUUACCGAAAUUUUGAAAGCCUAUUCACCAGAACCAAUAUACGUGAAUUUGCAAGUGUUGCGCCGUGAAACCGAAGAAGCUGAGGCUGCUGCAGCACAAGCACUCGCUAAAGCAGCAGAAGCAAGUAUAACUGCUGAAAAGUCACCAUUGCAAUGUCCGAUUAUUGAAUUCGAGCCGCCUUCACGGCGUUCUUCUUUCGAUCCACCACGUUCACCCUUUUUAGAGAAUUUGCGUAGUCCUGGUGCUGACACCGACAAUGAUUUGAUAAAUUUACAGCGCCUCGAUUCUGGCGGUGACAGCUUUGAAAUGGUUGAGGGCGACCGUAAAUCCAGUCGCGCUGAAUCAAGUUUCGAGUAUCCCUAUUCUUCACGUGACACAAGUUUCGAUAUUUCACGUUAUCAAUCGACAAGUUACGAAGAUCAAACUUCGAGCUUUGAAAUCGUUGACAUGGAUGAUAAAAAGAAGUCCAAUGUCGACUUGCGUAAAUCUUCUAUCGAACUUGUCGAUGCGGAGACAUUUCAACGCACUGGCUACUCUUGCGGACGCAAGUCCUCGCUAGAAACACACUUUGACUACACGCCCUCCGAUGCGAGUGGCAUGACACCCGCGCGCUCACCUAACUUCCCAAUGAAUAAGAAACAAAAACCCGAGACCCUACGCGCUCUGCGCAUCUCACCCUUUAGUGCCUUCUCGCGUGCACGUAGCCCACUCUCCAAUCAAACCUCAUCGAACUACAGUUCGCGUGACAGUUACGACUCCAGUUCUUCCUACCCGCACUCCGCGCCCAGUCACCACGAACCGCAGCGCAGUCCCUUCGCCGAUCCGACGAAGAAACAUUUUCCGCUCACUAUCAAGCAACGCGAGGAAGAAGUGAAAACCUUUCUAUGCACUGAUCAGCAUUGCGCGUCGAUUUUUGAGCCACGUCCCAGUUCGGUGUUGACGCAACAGCUCUCAACCGGUUCGAUGUCGACACCGUCGGGUUAUGGCAAUGGUACACCCUGCGCGAUCGUGGGUGGCGCGGUGGGCGGUUUUUCAAGCGGUAGUGAAUUUGAACCGCCUUCACCGCGUCGUGCGGCCAGCGCUUCACCUAAACAUACUUUUACUUUUCGCAUCGUACUGAAGAAAGUCGAUAGCUCGCCGGAGGCUUUGUGUCCCGAACGACAUCGUAGUCGCAUAUUUGAUCGAUAUCGACGGAGGGAUAGUAGACGCAAGAGAAUACAUGACGCAGGAAAAAGCUUUUAA